CUGUGCACCUUGACAGUGCAGUACAGUAGCCAUGGAUAUAUAAAACAAGUUCUUAGCAAAGUUAGCCCUGUACACCUCACCACAGUGCAGUACAGUACCCAUGGGUAUCUAAAACAAGUUCCUAGCAAAAUUAGCCCUAGUUCGCCUCGCCAUGGCCGUGACCGUAGCGGCGGGGCCACCUGGCGGCCGCGCGGGGAAGUGCCGCAGGUAAACAAGCCAGAAAUAUCGACCGAGCAGCAGCACUGGUCCUCCUCGGAGUCUCCGGUGCCUCCUUCUUGCCAGAUGGCCAAAGUGGGAGGUGAGCUGGUUGGGGGAGAGUUGGGGGUGGUCUUGGAGGAGGCAAGUGUUGGAGUUACCUUUGUGGACUCUCCCUCCCUGACCUCUGCUGGAUUAACUGAAGACCCACUGAACAGCGACCUCACUGUGUGUCAGUACAUUCUGCCCAAUGAUGUUGCAGUUGCAGGUUUUGAAGAAGUGGCAGAGGAAGUUGAAUUAGGCUCACCAUCAUGGGACAACCUCAACAAGUCCUCCUCCUCCUCUUCCUCCUCCCUGAGCCAGGACUCUGGGAUUAGUGCUGACCCCAGCCCUGAUGUGUUUUUUACUCUCAUAGAAGAGACUGUUGCACCCUCUGGUCUCCUUACAUCUUCCCCCAGUCAGGAGGGAGGUGAGGUGAUUGUUGAGAGGAUUUAUGAGAUGAAAGAUGACUUAUGCUUUACUGAGAGUACUUCUGACAUUAAAGAUGAACCCCUGGACACUGUGGAAGAGGCUGUGGAGUUAGGGAAGGAUGAACUAGUGACUGAACGGGAAGAAUCAUGGCCCAAAAGAAUUAAAGGGGAAAUCGUGAGUGAAUACAACAUGAAUGGAGCAGAGCCAAGAAAAAGCACCAGGGUGCGUGUGGUAGCUUAUCAUUGUACAGAUUGCAACACUAAUUUCACUGAUGAGGCAGAAUUCCGUGCCCACAUGGAGGCUCAUUUGAUAAAGCUCCAAAACUCGUGUGCUCUGUGUAGUACUGAAUUCUCAUCAAAAUCAGAACUUCAAGAUCACAUCAAAGAACAUUUCACUAAGAAUUCUUCGUAUAUCUGCAGUAUUUGUGAUCAGAAAUUUGUGUCCAAAAGUGGAUUGAAAAGACAUAAGAAACAGCUGCACAACUUGGACAGUGUUGUAGUGGUGAAUCCAACCUCCAUAAAGUGUGGGGUUUGUCAGGCUGUUUUUUCUGAUAAGGCAGCUCUGAGGCAACAUGCUGUCACACACGCUGCCAAGAAGCCCUUCACUUGUGAGGAGUGUGGUGCCACCUUCACCCAGAAUGGUUCACUACAGGUACACCUUCGGCGCCACAGGGGUGAGAAGCCCUUCACUUGCCAAUUGUGCGGCAACAGCUUUACUCGAGCUCACAGUCUUAAAGUUCACAUGAAGACUCACACUGGGGAAAAACCAUAUGCCUGUGAGUACUGCGGGGCUUGUUUUGUCACUUCCUCACACCUCACCGUACAUCGCCGAACCCACACCGGUGAGCGGCCGUACUCAUGUGGUGACUGUGGGGCGACCUUUAUCACUACCUCACACCUAAACGUCCACCGUAGGGUCCACACUGGGGGAGGUACUGUUGCUUCCACUCCGGUUAGCUGUUCCCAGUGCCAGGCCACCUUUAAUGAUGCAGCACAGCUCCGCCACCACCGCCGCACUCAGCAUGCACCACAGGUCACUUGUAAGGUUUGCUGUAAGGAAUUUCCUAAUGCUCGUCAGUUGAGUAAUCACAUGGUGCAUGAGUGUGGCUGAGUUUGGCUUAAUUUAGGGAAAAUAAUAGUAGCAGUGGUGGUGAUGGCAUUCUGUCUAAUAAGUCAUGCCAAAAGCUACCAAAUAAACCAAAAGGAUCAAAACUCUGAUAUUGUAAGGAAUGAUGCCUGAUGUAAGAAAACCUCUUUUCAUGGUGUAACUCAGAAACCUAUUUCUGUUGGGAACAAAAGUGAGGGGAUUGCCAUGAAGUAAUGGCUUGCCACAAGCCACUCAAAUGCCUUUGUAAGUAUAUUGUAAGUGGCAGUAAAAUUGCCCAGUAGUCUGUUGCAGCCAAGCUGUAGCAGUAGUAACGGAACUAGUCGUUGAGUAGUCUCAGGUGGGGUAGACAUUUUAUGUAUUUUUACAUUUUAUUGCUUUCAGUGCCAGUAGAAACCAAAGAUUAUGAACUGUGCCAUGCAUUUAUCUUAUGAACUAUUUAUUUGCAUAUGUCAUUAAUUUUUGUGAUUUUUAUGAAUUGUUGAUUAUUUAUUGUUCAGUUUUUUUGGACAAAUAUUUGUGUAUUAUAAGUGGAGGAUCUAAUGUUUUGUUGAGUUUUGUCUGUUUUAUGUUGUGUGAAUGCUUCACUUUUUGUGUGUGAUAUGUUUCAUUGCAGGAAUUUCAUCAGUAUCAGACUGCUUUGUGCUUACCAAGUUUAAAUGUGAUCAUGCCCGGUGAACAGCCUUGCUCUUUAUUUUGCUAUCUUUACCCAGUGAAGUUUCCUCUGAAAUCAAUUAUAGGGAAGUAUCUACUAUUUUCAUCAAUCAAUGUCUUCAGGCCACAAAAGACAUAUCAAAUGCUUACCUGAAGUUUGUAAUUGUGGUACACAAGUUAUUAAGCCAGCAACAAAUUACCAAGGCUUCUUUGGAAUGAAUGCAAAAUUCUCAGUUAGGUCCAGUGUAAUGUAAAGCUGAUAUGGCAGUAAUGAUUUUUAACACCAUAUCCCUAAAUGAUACAGUUUCACAAAUUUUGUCCUAUUUGUCUUUGAUGCAUAACAUACAUUUCUUAAUGGUCCCACUUCUCAAAAUUAUUUUAAGAUGUGCCAAAUCUGCAAUUAUUCUGAGCACUAAGUGAGGGGAGGGGUGUUGUGCCAUGUGUUGGGACACUGGCUGCUUUCUUUUUUUGGUUUGACCAACUUACAGAAUAUUGGAUAUAAUGGAAUGAUCUAAAGUAAGAUGUGGGGGCAGGGGGGUAAAUUCCUAUGCUAGAUUAAUAAAUUUUUAGCAUAGAAAGUUAGUUGAAUAUCAGAACACAUUUUUGUUCCAUCAUUAUGCUGCAAAAGUGUGGAUAAAACAUACUUAUUUGGUCUUGCAUAGGAUUAGUUGUAAGUAGUUUUCCUUUGUUUUUUUCAUAUUUAUUCAGUUGCAGUAAAAGCUGUUGUUUCUUUUUCAUUAGCCUGUUGCAGGUAUUCAUAUACAAAUAGUACAAGCUUAACAGUUUCCAAAUAUUUGAAGCUUGAUCAUUUCUUAUUUAUUACAUGAAGAUUACAACUCAUUGGUAAAAAUAACGUAGAGUAUAAUUUAUUCACCUGAUUUUUCUAAUAUUUAUUAAUGUUCUGUAUAGUAUUUUUUAUUACAACACCAUCAGGGACGGCUGCCCCAUACAGAUCUGUGAACUAGGCAAUGGAAAAAGUAAUUUUCUGUCACUUUUAUAGGUUUCAGUGUUUCUUGGACUCCUAUACUGAGUGACUGUAUGCUUGAACAGUGAUGUCCUUUAAUCUAAACACACAAUAUUUCAGUUUCUGAUAAAUCAUACAUUUUCACUAAUGUGGAAUUAUGUGGCAAUGCAUUGGUUUUGGCAUCAGCAGUAGUGGCUUCUGUUUCUAUUAGUAGUGAGUAUUUUCACCUACCUAAUAUAUAUAUGUGUAUAUAUAUAUAUAUAUAUAUAUAUAUAUAUAUAUAUAUAUAUAUAUAUAUAUAUAUAUAUAUAUAUAUAUAUAUAUAUAUACACACACACACACACAAAACAAUGCCCUUAGCAGUAAAGAAAAUCUUGACAUUGAAGAAAUAAAUGAAAGCCACUAAAAUUGUGAAAGAAGUUGCCGUCAUAAGUAAAAGGAGCAUACACUAUAGCUGUGCAUGGCUGCUGUGGUCAUCUUUGUCUCAUUGGCUCUUUGAGCUUGUGUCAAGAGAACCCAUUAACAUGACGCAGGGCUUGUAUAAUGUCUGAGUUACCACAGUUUACCUUCCCCAGGUUUCCCCAGGCACCCAUUUAUUGACCAUUCUGGAAGGAAGGAUGAACAGCUGGGUGGGCUGCAAGUCGACUGCCCAGGCCGGGAUUCAAACCCAGACCGGCAGAUUCAUAGUUAGGGAUGUUAACCACUGCACCAUGGAGGCUCAAUCAGGAGUGAGAUAAUAAUGACCUUUAUAAACACUAUCUAAAGAUCACAUGUAAAUAUUGAUGUGCCCCCAGAUGAUAAUUCUUGAGUCCAUGUUAUGUAAACUGCUAAGUGCCACCCACCAGGGUAAGUCUCCUAUAUAAAUGCACAAAAAGUAUUAAAAAAUUAAAAAAUGUAUAUAUUUCUGGAGUUCUUCCUUAUUAAGCCAACAAAUUUGUUUAUAAGCCUAGUACCUGUACAAUUACCAUAUCCUGUAUGAAUUGCUCACAAUAAUGCAGCACAACAUGUAAUUCAGGAAUGAUUUGCAGAUAUGGAAAUUAAGGAUAGUCAUACUUUGAAAUGAAGUAUAAUUUAGACAAAAGGGCAUUCACUGUACUAGAUUGCAUUGGCAUAGAAAGGAAUGUGAUAAAUGAGAUAUCAUACGUAAUAUCAAGUUCACAGUGAUCUAUUUUGAAUUAUUAUUAUUUGAUGUUAAUGAAAAUAUAAAAGCAGUUUUAAUUUGCUCACUAUUAAUAAGAUAUGACUCUUCAGUCCAGUGAUGUAUACAAGUUCUUGGUGUGGGAUCUGUAAGGUGUGGCAGCUUACAAAGGUCUCCGUGUGCCUGUGCUCUUAAGUUGUUCCUGUUCUGUGUCUGUCGGUGAUGGCUAAUAUCAGGCUCACACUCUGUCAUGAAUUCCUCAAAUUUCAUUCUAACAAUGAAAUUAAGAAUUAAGUGGUUAAAAUUCUUUGAUGAUAAUAUUUGUAAGAUAGGUAUAUUUAUAUAAUUCUCUUAUAUAUGGGAGAACAGAAUAUUAUUGUCAAUUUGAUAUUCAUGUAUAUUUAGGAAUAAUCUGAUUGGCAUCUUAUUGGAAUAUGAAUGAACAUCAAUAGACCUACUAUAGGAAAUCAGUAGAAAUUCUCAUAUAAGCUGCCUUUAAUUUAUUAUAUGGAAGAUUUAUUUAUUUAUUUAUGAUUAUUAUUAUCAUAUAUAUUUUAGAAUUUUCCUCUGAUAGUAUGUUAGUAAAGGAAACCAUCCAAGUUUAAGGGUUGUAGACCUUGAUUCAUUGAAAGUAACAGUAGUGAAUAAAAUAUUGUACAUAAAAUAGGGGCCAGCAGUUUUUUGUGUGAGGAAGGUACCUAAAAGCAGCAUGUGUACUCCCAGUAGUGACAGAGCCUUAUAUUACACCCAGUCUUUCAUGAUUUUCACAAAGGAUAGGAAAAUAUUUGACACUUUUAAACUAUGGCUUCUCUGCAUUGUUUCGAUUAGAUAGAACACCUAAAACUCAUUUCAGGUGUACCCCGGAAACCUGUAUUUGAUAUAGAUAUAUUUUUGUCUGAAAAUUUCAUUCAGUUGAUCCAAAGGUGUAAAUAGCUUUUUUGAGAAUAUAUUGUUGUCACAAAAUGUAUAUGAAAUAUGGUAAACUUGUAUGCCUCUUAUGAGCAUUUGUAGGGCAUUGUGCAUCAUAAUUACAUUGCUGAAAGUUCAUACCUGAAAAUAUACUUUAUCUGAGUAACAAUGUUGCUGUAGAUUCAAUAUAUGGAGAUCAGAUUUAUUAUAUUUAACUUGGAGAAGCUUCUGCAAAGUUACUUUGUAUGUAUAUUGUAUAGAUAGUGCAUAGUACAUUGAAAGAUCUUUAAGACUAGGCUUUUUUCUAGUCAGUUCUAUGGAAAUUUACUCAACUCGUCUGCCUUGGCACGCUUCUGUGUAAAUAUUGUAGUCUCUCAGUACCUCUUCCAGAAGACUUACCAACUGUUUUGUUGAAUCUAAUGAUGGGAGGUCUAUAGCUGUGUGCAAUAGGAUAACGUCAGUUUUUGAUGUUAGAAUAUACAAAUACUCGGA